ACACACACACACACACACACACACACACACACACACACACACACACACACACAAAAUAGUUUUAGGUAUUGGUUGGAAUCAUAGACUUUAUGGAGUAGACGGAUGAUAAUUCACGUGUUGAUCAUCUUUUAAAGGGGGAUGCGAAGAUAGAGCCUGGCAACCCUGUCCCUGUCAAAGCCUCAGCGCAGCCUCUGCAGACUAGCCCUGCUGAAGUUACUCUCUGCUGUUAGCGUCUUUGCACUUGUCUGUAGCAUAACUCAGCUAACCAUGGCAGGAAAGCGGGCUCUGGUGAUCCUGUCUAAAGGUGCAGAAGAGAUGGAGACUGUUAUUCCUGUGGACGUCAUGCGCAGAGCUGGGGUCUGUACCUGUCUGCAGCUUUGUUCACUUAUUCUUUACACGUUAGCAGCGAGCUAGCUAGUGAAUGGACAGUAUCUUAACACCAUAUCAACGCUACACUUUGUUUGAGCUGUUUUGUUUAUGGUGCACAUCAGACAUAACACAGAAAUAAGCUAAUAGUGACAGUGGUGUUUGUCGUAUUGAUAAGGUUAUACUUAUAUUAAUCAGCCCUGAUAGCUAACAUUGCCAAACAAACAUUAGCUUAUAGGAAUACUAGCAUAACAAACCCUGCACAGCUCUUCAUAAAUCUGCAUUUACAUGAUUAUAAUGUAUGUGGUAACAGUUGUGUUAAUGCUGACGCACUUUCCUAACCUUUAAAAGUAUGUGCAGACAGAGGCCGAAAUGUCAAAGUUCAACGCCACUCCUCCGCUUUCAAAAUAAAAGUCCUCACUCAUCAUGAACAGAUGGGAUGCUCUGACUUUGACAUCAGACUAAUGUUGUUUUUUUUACUUGACUUCACAAACUCUUAGAUUGCAGUGACGCUUGCAGGGCUGACGGGCAAAGAGCCAGUCCAGUGCAGCAGAAAUGUCGUCCUGUGUCCUGAUGCCAGCCUAGAGGACGCCAGCAAACAGGUUGGUCUCAGCAGAUAUCUACGGUGGCUGAGAACCGCCACUGCUGCAAAUAAAAAAAGAAUGUAAAAAUAAGGUCACAAUGGAGGUUACGGAUGCAAAAACGAAACCGAAGCCCGCUCCAAACAAAAAAAGGAAAGGGUGCAGAUGAAAAAAAAAAAAAAAAUCCACAACAAAAGUUACGGAUGCAAAAAAAAGUGGUGAUGAAAAAAAACAGAUACUGCGAAAAUAAAAGGAUGCAAAUAAAGAGCUGAGCUGCCGGGGACCAAUAAUGAUGAUGCACCAGUAUUUUACGAUCUAGGCACAGAAGACGACGACGAAAAGACGAGCAAAGAAGUGGAAAGGUUAUUGUUUAAUUUCACUUCAUGUGCGAUUCAAUGUGCAUUUAGUCAGGCCAUGUAGCGCCUGAGUCUAGAAUUAUUAGUCCCCGGCAGCUCACUUCCAUUUGGCUUUUAUUUAUUGCAUCCUUUUAUUUUCGCAGUAAGUAACUUUUUUGCAUUGCCACAUUUUUUGCAUCAUUAACUCCCAUCCUGGCCUUUUAUUUUUUUUAUCUGCACCGCCUCUUCUUUCAUUUGCAGUGGGCUUCGGUUUCUUUUUUUAUCAGUAACUUCCAUUGUGGCUUCUUUUUUUUUGCAUUCUUUUUAUUUGCAGCAGUGGCAGUUCUAGGCCAUCGUAUAUAUCGACCAAAACUGUCUUAACAUUGUAGGAGGGCUGCUCAAAGCCAAUAUAAAUACACAUUGAAUAGUCAUAAAGGUGGAAAUGUUCAGUUAUCAAAUUACACUGGAUCACAUCUGGAAAUUUCAACCUUUGUAGUCUCCUUUUAUCUAUUAUGAUUUGUUUCCCAGGGCCCAUAUGAUGUGGUUCUUCUACCUGGAGGAAUGCCAGGAGCCCAGAAUCUGGCAGAGGUAAGAAAUAAAUUCAGACUGCAUUUCAUGCUCGGUCAGUGUGGGUUCAGACCUUAUAUGGUGUUUACCCAUGGGCCAAAAUCAGUCCACAUUAGCCUUGCUCUUCUAAAGCCAAGCCGUCAAGAUACUUUGUUUUUAUGAUAACAUCACAGUAGGUGACCCAGGGGUUCUCAACAUUAGUGAAGCAGAAAACACUCCAUGUGCCCAUGUCAACAAAUAGCUUUCAGAUAACUGUUAUUUUAAUUAAAUAAAAUAGUUGUCAACUUGUGAGUAUGUUGGUGUCAGCCACAAUUCAAGCCUUUUCACUAUUGUGUACUGUGUUUUUACCUCUCCAAAACUCAUUCACCUCACUUUUCUUCUUUGGGCUGUGUAAAUGGUUUGAUGAGAUUUGACUGACAGUUGCAAGUCAACAAGAGCACCAGAUAUUGAAUACAGUAUCUGGGGACUGUUAUAUUAAAAUGUCACCGCCUUUCCACAGAGACCCUGUCAUUAAAAAAAAAAACUUGAAAUGUACGUAGAUAAAACGAUUGAGAAAUAUUUUCAAUGAAUAACCAAAACUAUUUGACUUUAAGGUGUGACCUUUGAAUCAAAUAUCAUUGUUGGUUUUGCAUUUUCCUCUGGUGUGUCAUAGCCGCACAAGCCCGCCUACUUUUUUACAUUGACCACAUAUGGAAGCCUUUUGAGUUAUCCUGCGCCACACAGUGAACACAAAUAUUUGUAGUGUGGUGAUUUAGUGAUAUUUUAAAACUGUUAUCCACAAUGCCAGUUAGAAUAACCCCGAAUAUUUCCCAUUUGUCUAAGUUUUAUGAAAACAUUACCAUAAAUGACUGCAUUACACAACACAGAAAGCACCAUAGUUAGUAACACGGAUUUACAGUUGGCUAACUAGUUUGGAGAAGAUAUGAUUUGAAGCUGUUUCACUUUAUGUAAAUAUUUGAUCUUGAAAACGGCGUCUUGCCAAGUUAUUUGCCCGCUCUCUCACCCUGCACAAAAUCAAUGAAUAACUCGGGAAGCCAAUCGUGAAUGUGCAUUUAUCAUCUAAUGAAAGGGUUAAGGUUAUAUUCCCUGUCAUUUAAGUUUUGUAAAACAGAUUGAAGUUAAUCCUACUGCAAAAUAGGUUGUUGUAUUCCGAGUCUGAAAGAAGACACGUUUCCUCCAACUCAUCCAGAAAUUGUAUUCAGCCAAGAUAAACUGUAAUUUUCAUUUGUUUUGGUCUAAAGAAAUCUGUGGCUGUAUCGCAGCAUUGUCGGGUUAUUUUUCAUGUCAUUGCCGGUAAUUUUCAAUAAUUAAACCUUAGUCAGCACUCUGUGCAAUCACAUGGCCCGCAAAUGACUCAAUGUGCAUCUGGUUUCUUUGCUCUCCCGCAGUCUCCUGCUGUGAAGGAGGUGCUGAAGGAUCAAGAUGGCAGAAAGGGUCUGAUUGCAGCCAUCUGUGCAGGUACUCUCUUUGUAAUAAACAACCUAAAGUCAUAAUUAUACAGGAGCAGCUUCUAAUAGCAAAACCUUAUUCCAGGUUAAGGUUUAAAUAUGUCAAAUUUGAUCAUUUAGCUGGUAUCGUUAAGGAGAUGACAGGUUUCACAGAAUUCAGACUGCAGCAUGCUUGGAUGAACUUUAACUGUUCACUAAUAUAUAUCACAAUUCCAUAUCCAACCAUGUGACCUGUAAACCCUUUAAAUUAUAAACUGCUCUAAAGGUUUGAUAUUAUAGUUUGACCAUAUAGAAGAAAUAUAGCACAGGUAAGUGUGAUUUUAAAAUGCUUUUAAGCAGAGUAAAAGAUCUUUGACAGAAAAUUUGUUCACUUUUUUUACACAUGACAUGGACAUUAUCUGGUAUAAUAAGUAUAUAUACUAGAUAAAGACAGAGGUUGUCACACUUCUUAACCUUCUACAGAAAUAUAUGCACUUUUGUGAGAUGACAGGCUGCAUAAAUUCAUGACUGUGUCUGACCCCUCUUUGGUAUUUGCAAUAAAAGGGUGCAGGUUUGAUUAACAUCUGUCCCUGAGUGAACCCACAAGCACUGACAUUUCAUUUGACAGCCCCCCCUCGUAUGCAGAGAAAGGACACUGGAAGGACAGUUUAAAUGGGGACAGUUGCGGCAAAGUGGAUUGAAGGGUGUCCUAGAAAAUGAGCGAAAAUCCUCACUGGGAUGUACAAGUUAAUGAACCUGCCAGCAAGCGUGAGCCACUCACAAGACGUAUUAUUCCACUGCAGCGAGGAUGAUAUUGUCUCGACAUGGAAGAAAGUCCCCUCUGAAUUGAAAACCCAAACAGUUCUCUUUUUGGGCUCGUCUUUGUUUCAUGUGUGUGAAGUCCUAACCACAAAACAAGCAACAAAAACAAAAUUUUGAGAGUAAUUUGAGACUGUUUCCAACAUUCUGUGUCUACCUCGCUGUCUGAUCCUGAUUUUUAAAAGGUCUCUCUCUCCAAGACCAGCGUCCUCUGGGUGGGGACAAGCUGUAACAGGAGUAGCUUGGCUCUACCGGGCAGUCUGCUGUUCUGCCAGGGGAAAGUGUAAUCUUUAGACUGCAUGGGAAGGCAGCCAAGGAGCAUAAUCAAUAACUUUCUAUUUAUUAACAGUUUUUGGAUGAGCUCACUGCAGUGUUAGGACGUUGCCAAAGUUAAUGCAGCAGCAGUCAAUGUCUUCAGCCUCUCCUUUUUUCUCUGUUUUCAGCGUGAUGCAGUCUUUGGAUACAAGCUGUGAAACUGUAUACAGCAUGCGCAUAUUCUUAGAAACAAUGGUACAGUUAAGGACACCUUCAGGACAAAGUGUUGUCAUUAAGUAUUUUUACUUCUGUCUUUAACUGAAUGUACAAACAGCAACUCCUGAUGUUACAAGUGUUUUUUUUUCUUUUUCUUUUGUGUGUGGGACUUUCACUUGAAGGAAGUGAUUCAAAGAUGUAGUAUUUUUUUCUUUUUCACCCUUGACCCUGACCUUAUGUUUUUAACUGCAUAAAAGCCGGAACAUGCACCGAUACAAGCGACAGACCAAAUUCAUAAGAGCCAGUAUUUAAGCUGUUAACUGAACCUUAAAGAGCUUUGCCCUUCUGCAGGUCCCACCGCUCUUCUCGCACAUGGCAUCGGGUACGGCAGCACAGUCACAACACAUCCUGGCAUGAAAGAGAAGAUGAUGGCUGGAGGUAAAAAAAAAUAUAUAUAUAUAUAAACCAAAAAAAUGCACAGAAAUAAAAGUAUUGACAUUGAGUUGUAAUGCAUAGAUAGUGUUUUUUGACAUUUGUUGCUCUUGUAGAGGGCAGCUAAUAUUGUAGUUGUUUUCAAUGGACAGCAGGUGGUGCUGUAUAGGCUUUUGCCUGCCUCCAAGAAAUCAUGUCACUAUGCAGCAGAGUGGAGCACAGCACUCAGGUUAAAGCAAAUGCUGGAAUUUGACAGAACAUACUAGAAACUGGGUCACUUGAAAAAGUGAUAGAUACUCGAUGUAUAAGUGUCGAUUGCGCGGUCUGAUUGCAAGCAUUCAGGGCUCGUAAUCUAAAGCUUGGAGCUCUCGCGUUGUCAUUAUCUUUAUGGUUUUGCAUUUUGUCUUUUUUUUUUUUUUAGAUCACUAUAAAUAUUCAGAGGCUCGAGUACAGAAGGAUGGACAUUACAUCACCAGUCGUGGGCCAGGAACCAGUUUCGAGUUUGCCCUGACGAUUGUAGAGGAACUGAUGGGGGCUGAAGUUGCAGCUCAAGUCAAGGCUCCUCUCAUGCUAAAAGACUAACCGUAGCCAUGUUCAUCCUUCCAGCUGCACUGCCUGCUUUACAAGUUUGCAACUACUGAGACAGCUGAUCCACUGUAGCUGACACAAAAAGUCAAAGUCACCAGUGACAAAUCAUUCUCCUGAGGGGAUAUAAGGAUGAUUCUGUUCGGACAGGUUAUUGUCUUCCCUUUGUCUUUCUUAGUUGGCAGUAAAAGGCAUCCCUUUGUCAUCUAAUACUGAAACACAAUCUGGAUAAUCACUGCACUGGCUUUCCAAUGGGGUGGAAUUGAUUUCCCUGUAUUGUAGAUUUUCCACAAACGGCUUGCUUCUUACUCUGACAGUUUAAUUGUUGCACAUUAAACGAAAAUGUGAUGAAACUGU